AUGGCGCCUUCGAUGCUCUUCUUAUUGGCUUCACCACCGACACUCUUCUUCCUGAGCAAGAGAAAUAUUGCCACCCAACACAGUUGGUUUCGUGGCCUGAAAUUGACCAAGGUGUCUGUUCCAGUUGCCGUCGUCAACCUACUUGCCGCCCUUGUGAUGGUACGGACAUUAUGGCUCCGAGGAACCAGUCUUGGCAUCAGCAUUGUAUCCAGCGCCGCCAUCGCAGUCAAGUUCAUCCUUCUUUUUCUAGAAUCACAAAACAAACGGAGAUAUCUCAUGGCCUCUUAUCGUCAGCUGCCCCCAGAGUCGACAAGUGGUAUCUUGAAUCGAAGUGUACUAUGGUGGGUCAAUGAACUGUUCCGCCGCGGCUACCAAUCACUGAUUAAAUCCGAUUCCCUCUGGGUCCUGGAUGAGGAACUGACAUCGGAGGAUCUUUCCCAUAAAAUUCACCGGGCAUGGGAUCGACGAAGGAUUCCGGAGCGUCGAACUGAAUACGCGCGGGCUAUCUUCUACGUGUUGUGGUGGCCCUUUCUUCAAGCUGUCAUCCCUCGCCUCUGUUUGAUCGCUUUUACGUUUGCACAACCUCUUUUCAUCUCCGCAGCUUUGGACCUCCUGAUACAACCGAGAAGCCAAAUGACUGAUGCAAAGGCAUAUGGGCUCGUAGGAGCAGCGGCCCUCAUUUACAUCGGGCUUGCUAUCUCAAGACUAUUGUACGACCAUAAACUUUACCGAGCCAUCACAAUGGCCCGGGGAGCCACGGUGUCGAUCAUACACAGCCGAGCUUUAGAGACCCAAGGUGGACUAUACGAUGAAUCCGCCGCCAUUACUCUGAUGAGCACAGAUACUGACCGAGUUGUGGCCAUUCUCGAGAACCUCUUCGAGUGUUGGGCUCAGGCUGUCGAGCUUUUUGUUGGGAUUGGCCUUCUGGCUCAUCAAAUGGGAUGGGUGUGCGUCAUGCCUCUCAUCAUUGUUUUCAUCUCACUCACUGGGAGUAUUAUUUUAUCGACUCGAGUGGGUGGGAAUGCGAAGACGUGGCUCGGCGCCGUACAGAGGCGCAUAUCCAUCACGAGCUCCGUACUUUCAGAGAUGAAAUCGGCCAGAAUGAUGGGUCUAAGCGGCUUCCUAACAGCGAAAAUUCAAGACGAGCGCAACAAAGAGACACAACUCAUGUCGAGCUAUCAACGCAACAUCGUAAGCAAGAACGUCCUGGCCAGUCUUCCUUUGAUAUGGGCACCUUGGGUCACAUUUUCCGUUUACGCCCUCCAGGCCGCGGCUAGUGGAUCGGAUUCCAUAGACACGAAUAAGGGCUUUACCAGCUUGGCUAUAAUCAGUCUUGUGUCCACACCAGCGUUCCAGUUGAUCGACUCGAUUAUAACAACAUUUGCGCGCAUUGCGUCUUUCGAUCGUAUACAGAGUUAUCUCAUUUCUGAGUCACGACGAGACUUGAGGCGUCUUUCUUUGCAAGAGACAGGGACACUCGGCAUCACACAAUCUUAUACCCAGCCUGGAGAGAAGGGGCUUUCUCCUAAAGAAUCAACUGCAGACAAGGCAACGCAAAGCAUCGCCAUCUCGGUCGCCCGCGCAGACAUUCGACCGGCCCCAUCAGCAGACCUCAUCCUACGCGACAUCAGUUUUGAUUUAUGCCAGGGAUCUCUCACUAUGAUCGUCGGGCGUGUUGGCUCAGGCAAAACGACAUUGCUUCGAGCCUUGCUUGGAGAAAUUUCCUGCAGCCACGGGCGAAUUAGCCUAUCAUCCCUGCGGGUAGCGUAUUGUCCCGGGUCCGCCUGGCUUCCGAACACGACAAUUCGCCGGGCCAUUUGUGGUCCACGUGACAGUGCCAGCGUCGACGAGGUUUGGUACCAGUCGACUUUGAAGGCUUGCGCUCUAGACUAUGAUCUUUCGAUGCUUUCUGAUGGGGACCAGACCGUCAUUGGAAGCGGGUCCACAGUUCUUAGUGGUGGUCAGAAACAGCGCGUGGCUUUAGCUAGGGCUGUUUAUUCCCGACUGAGCAUUAUGCUUUUCGAUGAUGUUCUCAGCGCCCUGGACGCGAAAACCAAGAGGACUGUAGUAGAAAGACUUUUACUCAACAAAGAUGGUCUCUUGAAGAAACUGGGCUCCACAACUAUACUUAUUGUUAACGACUCGACUUUAUUAGCAUACGCGGACAACAUUAUUAUUCUAGCAGACGGCGGAAUCAGAUUUAAAGGGACUUAUCAGCAGAUGGUCUGUUGUGGUAUUUCUGAAGCGGUGGAAGUAAGAGGUUCAGACAACAUUGUGGAAGGGGAUAUCGCCAAGGCGCCGUCUUUCUAUGAGGAACGGACAAGGGAAGUAACCGAGCCUGCUCAACUACAAGAUCUCACCCGAGCCACAGGUGACACUGAAGUGUACAAGUAUUACUUCAAGUGCAUCGGCUUGUGGAAAAGUUUAGUUUUUGUUGGACUUACAGCCCUUUAUGCAUGCUCGAUCCAGCUCAGCAUUGGUAUGGUUUUCACAGUGUCAAAUCUCUUCCUUACGAUUACAGCAGCAGCUUUAAUCACAACCGGAUCUCAGUAUAUGGCCCUGACUGCGCCUUUACUCAUCGCAAUAAUCUGGGCCUUGCAGCACGUUUAUCUGAGAACUUCGAGACAGUUACGCUUGUUAGACUUGGAAGCCAAAAGCCCCUUGUAUUCGCAUUUCCUCGAGACCAUUCAAGGUUUAUCAGUCAUACGUGCUUUCGACUGGGUGACGGAGAACAAGAAAGAAAACUGCAAGCUCCUCGAUCUUUCACAAAGACCUUACUACCUCCUCUAUUGCAUCCAGAGGUGGCUCAACUUAGUCCUGGACCUUGUUGUUGCCGCCGAAGCAAUCAUUGUGGUAGGUUUGGCUUUUGGGCUCAGAACGACAACUACUGCUGGAUUUCUUGGCGUCUCUUUGAACAGCAUCCUCGGCUUCAGUCGUUACCUAUCACAGCUCAUUGUGGGCUGGACGCAGCUGGAAACAUCUUUGGGUUCCGUCUCCCGAAUACGAAGCUUUGAAAUGGAUGUCGAGCCCGAGGCAAAAAGCGGAGAGCAGAAUGAGCCUUCUGCCAGCUGGCCUGAUCGUGGUGAAAUUGAAUUUAGGGAAGUGACAGCGUCACAUAACUCACGCACGAUUGCUCUGCGUAAUGUCACAUUGAAGGUUGUCCCUGGACAAAAGGUAGGCAUUUGCGGGCGCACGGGAAGCGGGAAAAGUUCCCUUGUAGGGACACUUUUACGGCUCCUCGAGAUAGACUCCGGCUCCAUAAUCAUCGAUAACGUGGAUAUCACCACCAUGCCUCGUGAGACCAUACGUCGGCAGCUUUUAGCCAUAGCUCAGGAAUCCCUCGUGCUGAUAGGCAGCCUUCGACUCAAUGUGGAUCCUGCGGCCGCCCAUUCAGACGAGGCCAUAAUCAGAGUCCUAGAGCGGGUAGGACUAUGGAUCUUAUUUUCGGAGCGGGGCGGAUUAGCUGCGGAUGUCACAGCGUCGUCUUUUUCCAAGGGGCAGCAGCAACUCCUGGCGCUUGCCCGCGCGCUGCUUAAGAAGGGUAAAAUCCUAUUGCUUGACGAGAUGACAAGCAACGUCGACAGUGAGACGGACGCGGUCAUGCAGCGAGUGUUAGCCGAAGAGUUUACAGGUUGCACAAUAAUAACGGUUGCUCAUCGGCUGAAUACGAUCAUGAGUAGUGAUCUCAUUGUCGUAAUGGACGAGGGUAAGUUGGUGGAAGUGGGGCCACCGAGAGACCUGUUGGAUGCGGAGGGCGGUUGGUUUCAAAAGUUGGUCAAACAGGAUGGCUCAAAUCGUUAUGCCCCAUGA